CCCAGGCUAUAUCCGAACGCAUGCACCAACGUGAUUACCCGACCACCCGGAGCCGCACGGCCGGCUGCCAGUCACAGUGACUCCCGAGAACCCCGCACGGCCGGCUACCAGUCACAGUGACUCCUGACAACCAGUACCUACUUAUUCUCUCACCAGCACCACACGUCGUCUCUGAUAAUAUAUUACAAAGUUAACCCUCGUGUCAACAACAACUUCGUGUCACUAAGCAUAGCCCUACUGUUGCAAUAUGGAACGUUGGAUUGGUCGCGUUGCCUUGGUGACGGGAGCGAGCACAGGUAUUGGGGCAGGCAUCAGCAGGAGGCUUGUGGAGGCCGGCAUGAAAGUUGUCGGAGCUGCACGAAAUGAGGAGAGGCUUCAGGCCCUUAAGAGAGAGCUGGCCAACAAACCCGGGUCCUUCACCCCAGUGAAAUGUGAUAUCUCCAAAGAUGAUGAUAUUCUCAGUCUGUUUGCCACCAUUAAGAAAGAAUUUGGAGGUGUUGAUGUGUGCAUCAACAAUGCUGGCAUGUCUCAUGGCCAUUCUCUUUUGGAGGGAACAACAGAGGAGUGGCGGGAGAUGCUGGAUAUUAAUGUGGUGGGCUUGUGUCUGUGUACACGUGAAGCUGUGGCAUCCAUGCGUGCACGCAACGUUGACGAUGGCCAAAUCAUUCAUAUCAGCAGUAUGUCGGGUCAUCGUGUGACGCCACUUCCAGCAGGUCAUUUCUACACUGCCACCAAGUUUGCUGUGACAGCCCUUCUUGAAGGGUUGAGGCAGGAACUCAGAGGUGCAAAGUCACACAUUCGAAUUGCGGGCAUAAGCCCUGGUUUUGUGGAAACUGAAUUUGCUUCAAGAAUGUUUAAGGACAAGGAAGAAGCAAAGAAAGCGUUCUCGAACUUACAGGGCCUGCAAGCAGAUGAUAUUGCUUCCUCAGUAAUUCAUGUGUUGUCUGCUCCACAACAUGUCCAGAUUCAUGACAUCCUCAUCAGGCCAACAGAGCAGGUUUCCUAAGUCGUGUGAGAAAAAUUGUGAGCAUAACAUCUACUGUAUUUGUCCCAAGACUCAAGAUGACUUUUUGGGAACCAGUCAAGAAGGAAAACUGCCAAAUUUGCAAAUUAAGAUUCUUACUGUACCAGAUUCAUGAACUUUUAUACACCACUUUGUGAUCUUAAACUUGUCUGCAUUGAUACCUAUAUAUUAUUGUGUAUGGCUUAACGCUCAUCUUGUAUAAGAGGUGGACAAAUCUGUUGGUGGAAUAUUUAAAGUUUUCUUUAUUCCGAAUUAAAAUAAACAUAGACUGUUAAGAUAAUAAAAGUAAUUUGAAGCUUAUUAAAUUGUCAGAUAUAAUUUGAUUGAAUUAGUAUUGAAUUUAUGAACCCAUAAAAGUGGUCUUUGCACAAUAAUCAAUUUCUUUAUGAACGUGUCGAGUUAAAAUUAUGUGCAUACAAUUUUUUUAUAUAGCUAUUAUGUCAUAGCUGCAAGGUGCAUACCACUUCCGUAUUACAUUAAUAAACCGUUCAUUUAAGAUGCUUUAAAUAUUUUCAUUUAACAUUAGCAGGUUACGUAAAAGGAAUUUUAUUUUCCAGAACAAAACCCGAAUUAAAAUAAAAAUUGAUCUUAAUGCUAUUACGGGAUUAACUCGAAUAUAAUACAUUGCCCAACGACUGUAAAAAUAACAAAAUAUCUCAUUGUUAUACACUUGCAUGUAUUUUUCUCAAGAUUUGUGAUGCAGAUCAUUCCUAAUUUAGAAAUUUGAGAACUACAUGUAAUCAACUUAAAUGAUUUAGAAGAGACUUCUCCAAAAUGAGA